UUGUUUGUUCCAUUCCGAAACCCUAAUUUCAGGGUAAUCCGUACCUCAUCGUCGCCAUGGCGAAAAAGCGAAAGCCACCUGUCCAAAUCCCCGAACCCUCCUCGUCGGAGGAAGAGGAGGAGGAAGAAGAAGUCGAAGAGGUGGAGGAGGUGGAAGAAGUAGAAGAAGAAGGAUCCGAAGAGGAGGAGGAGGAGGAGGAAGAGGAAGAAGAAGAAGUCGAAGAAGAAGACGAAGCCAAAGACCAAGAAGAAGAGAAGAAGGCGAAAUCUGAGGAAAAGGAGGAACAGGUAGAAGUAGAAGAAGCCGAUGUCUUGGACCGUGAGUCAAUACGCAAGCUCCUGGAGCCCUUCGGCAAGGACCAGCUGAUCGAACUCCUCAAGGAGGCCGCGCUCCGUAACCCCUCUCUCCUCUCCCAGAUCGCCUCUGCGGCCGACUCCGACCCCGUCCACCGGAAGAUCUUUGUCCACGGCCUCGGUUGGGAUGCCACCACCGAGGUCCUCGCCGCCGCCUUCACCACCUACGGCGUCAUUGACGAGUGCAAGGUGGUCACGGACCGCGCCACUGGCCGCUGCAAGGGCUACGGCUUCGUCCUCUUUCGCACGCGUGCUGCGGCCCAGAGAGCCCUCCUGGAGCCUCAGAAGAAGAUCGGCAACCGCAUGACCUCCUGCCAGCUGGCAUCCUUUGGCCCUCCCGGCGCCCAGGGCCCUGCCCCCGAGGCUACCGGCCGCAAGAUCUUCGUCAGCAACAUUGGGGAACACGUGAACCCCGAGCGGCUGCGUGCCUUAUUUGCCAAGUUUGGGGAAAUCGAGGAAGGUCCGCUGGGGUACGACAAGACCACGGGGAAGCUGCGGGGUUUUGCCAUCUUCGUCUACAAGACGGUCGAGGGGUGCAGGAAGGCCCUGGAGGAGCCGAAGAAGUUCUUCGAGGGCUGUGAGCUGAGCUGCCAGAGGGCGGUCGAGGGGCUUAAGCCGAAAAAUCAGGCAAUUGGGGGUGCCAAUGUGCCGGCGAUGUUGCAGCCAAACGAUUUAGCGCUGACCUAUGCUUCACAAUCUUUAAUGGGUCUCAAUCCGGUGGCUGGUUUAGUUGGGCAGAGUUUAAACCCUGCAGUGGGGUUGUUGGGGCAGAAUGUUGGGGUUGGAGUGCUGAACCAGGGUCCGGUGGCUCAAGGGAUGUCACCAUCUCUGAGUAGGAGUGGGAUGACUCCUCCACCUUAUGGAGUUGGAUUAGGAGGGGUUGGUGGAGGUGGGACAGGGGUGAAUAGUAUCAGUCCCAGUGUAAUUGGGAGCUAUCAAUCGCAGGUAGCUUUGCAAGGAUUGGGGGCUUAUCAGAACAGUUACUUGUCUUCAUCAACAGGGGUAAGGUCAAAGUCUGAUAUUGGAUCACUUGGUAAUGGCUUGCCACCAUACUUUGGGCGCUAGAAAGAAGGACAAAUAGUGCCUUUUUCCUAGAAUGCAGGUAUUAUCAGGCUACAAUGAAAUAUAUCCAUACUAGAGGAGCUGGAAGGUGUGAUGAACCAUCAGACAUAAAGGCUAUGCUUUCAGGAGACAUACAGAGAUCCUUUUAGAAGAUUCAGGUUCUCCUUGUUAAGUAGACACUCGGGCACUGUAUUACUAUGUCUACAGUGAGCUUUUGUGGUUAUUUAUUGAAUUGUCCUGGUUAUUUGAACAUAUUAGUUGUUGCCAUAACUGAAGUAUUUUUUUCAUACUAAGCAAUUUCUUGUCGCUUUUUUA